AUGGAAGGCACGUUGAACUACUCUGUUGCAUUGGGCGACUUUUCCGGCGGAGGCCUCCUGCUCGAAUCCCCGGAAGGGAAGAUUACAUUGCCACUUCCUGACUCUGAGGAAACUCGUUGUUUUGUUGUGCAUGACACCAAGGCGCAUCCAUUGGCCUUCGACGGCUCACUGUGGCAUGGUACGCAAACGUUUUCUGGCAACAGGUGGGUCAUCACAGCUUACACUUGUCGACGCCUGGAGGAAGUGCGAGCUGAAGACAUUGCGCUGCUGAAAAGCUUGUCGCAUGCAUUGGCUGCAGAUGCUCUCCCCUUUGUCCAGUUCGACCCGGUGAUUCAGGCCGAUGUUAGGGAUCUGGUUUUUCGAGCUGCAGCUGAGGGCGUGUUUCCCUUUAUCAUGGUGUGCAUUCAUGCUGCUUGGUCUCCUCGUGACAUGGAGUGGGUUCUGCAUUUGUGGCUCUGUGCAACCUUUUGCCUGGGCUUUACCCAGUCCCAGUCGAGGAGUGGUACAUCGGUGGAGGAUGCGUGGGCCUGCAUUCCGAUGAAAGAUUUGGCGGAGGUUGGCGAGCUGCGCAAAGACAUUUCCGCUUGGUUCUCCUCGGAAAACAUCGAUAAGGUGGACUGGUGCAUUCCGGAGGGCCAACCUUACUGCCUGCAUGCACUCGCCACAUUGAGCCAUUUCCUGCAAGAUGUGGACACUACAUUAUUUGGUUGCCUGUUGCAGGGCGUACCGACGGGUUUUAAGAAUGACAUACCACCUUCGGGCUGUAUGGCACCGUCUGGCAAAGCUGGCACUGACGAGUCAUUACAGGUCUGCCAACAAAAUUGGCAGGGUGCUGAAGACGAUCCAGUUCUUCUGGAUCGCUUGGUUCAGCAGGAAGUAGACAAAGGCUGGUUGCAUCGCGUUGAAUCGCUUGAAGAGGCGAAACGACUUUUUCCACAAGUGGCUGUGGGAAAAAUGAACAUCGUCCAUUCUGAAGGAAGGGACCCGCGACUAGUGGUGGAUUCCUCCAUUUGUGGAACGAACGCGGCUUGCUCAAUCCCAGAAAGGAGUGCAUUGCCAACGCUACAAUCCAUUCUCUCUGCUUGGCCACUUCGGGGCCUACGUCAGCAUAUUGCGGCAUGGUCUUUGGAUGUGAAAGCGGCGCACAAGUCCAUUCGUGUUCGUCGCUCAGAGCAGGGACUACUUGGAGUGCGCGUCGGCAAUACAUUUUUCUUCUAUUCGGUCUGCCCCUUUGGGGCGGCCUUUUCGGCCUACUGGUUUGCACGAUUGGGGGCCUUUUUGGUCCGGACUUUGCACCUCCUGAUCUACAUUUCACAUUUCUUGGCCCUAUAUGUGGACGACCUUUUGGGUUUUCAAGUUGCGUCGGUGGCUGAGAUGUCUUUCUCUAUAACGCUUGCAUUUUGCGCUGCAUUCGGGGUACCACUGAGUUGGAAGAAGUUACAAUUUGGCACGUCCAUUACAUGGAUAGGCUGGCAGCUAGAUUUCGCCAAGGGUUGCGUGUGCAUUCCACCCGCAAAGCUGGAACGCUUGAAGCUGUUGUUGCAGGGGCUUUGCGAGGAAAGUAUACUGAUCGAGGCAACAAACUUGAGUUUGCGCCAAGGCCAGGUGGCUGUCUUUCGUCGAGUGCUUGACAUUCAGCGGGUUCCAGCAGGUACCGCCAUUUCCAUUGGCAGCCGAGUUCUGAAUGUUCGUCAUAAAAAAGUGAUGACGAAGUCGGAGCUUCUCAAGUGCAAUCUGGGGGAUAAGGAUAUUUGGCUCCGAAUAUCUGACCCAGCUUCAAAACGGCGCCAGCUUUCUCCAACCUCUCGGGAGUUGGUGCAGUUCUGGUGUCGCUGGUCCUCCCUGCCACCUUUGUGGCGUCCAAUGAAGCCUUUGCCUCAGCUGAAAGUGGAGGCGGCUGCUGACGCAAUGGGCCAAGGCGACCGCUUUGCAAUUGGUGGUUACAUUACAUCUGCCUCAGGUGAUUUUUGGUUUUCGGAGCAUUUUUGCAUCCAGGACUUUGCGUUUGCGGAGAUCCCAUUACGAUCAGAGGCGAGUCGGGACAUAAGUUGCUACGAGGCCCUGGCACAAAUUGCAUUGGUCUGGCUGAUGGGCCAAAUAUCCCCCUUUUCUCUGCUUUCAGUCCGUAUUCAUUCUUGGUGUGAUAAUACGGGGGCAGAGGCUUCCUCAAACAGUCUUUUCACAACAGCCUGGCCAUUGGCGGCAUUUACUCAACGUUUGGCCUUUCCAGCCUAA